AUGAAAACAUCAGGAAAAGUUUCUCAAUAUAAUGGUGCAACUGUUUAAAUAUUUAAAUGUACGCUUAUAAAUUCAGGGAAGUUGAUAAAAAAGCAUUUGUAUUGA